AUGCCCGGUAGAAGUGUGAGGUCAUGGACGUUGAUGAUUUCAGGGUUUGUUCACUGCGGGAAGCCUAAGGAGGCGAUUGGUUUGUUUUCGGAGACGGAAGAGGCUGGCGUGAGGCCAAAUGAGGUGAUGGUAGUGGCUGUUCUUGCGGAGUGUGCUGACUGGGGGGACUUGGGUUUGGGAUCCUGUAAGGUUUUCGAUGGGAUGAAAGAGCGAACGGUUGUGUCAUGGUCAGCUAUGAUCGCAGGGUUUGCCAUGCACGGGCAAGCUGAGGAAGCUCUAAGACUUUUCUCUAAAAUGAUUCAGAAAGGCAUGGAUCCGAAUGAUGUAACCUUUGUCGGACUGUUGCAUGCUUCUAGCCACAUUGGGUUUGUGGAUCAGGGUCGUGAAUUCUUCACCAGCAUGACUAACGAUUAUGGUAUAGUUCCUAGAAUUGAGCAUUACGGUUGCAUGGUUGAUCUUUUAAGUAGGCAGGGCUCCUUCAAGAGGCUUACGAUCGAGUUUAUCACAAACAUGCCUAUCAAGCCCAAUACUGUCGUAUGGGGAGCUCUCCUUGGCGGAUGCAAAGUUCACAAAAACAUUGAACUGGCUGAAGAAGCAACUAAGCACCUUUCGGAAUUGGAUCCACUUAAUGAUGGAUACUAUGUGGUUCUGUCAAACCUUUAUGCAGAAGCACAACGGUGGGAAGACACAACGAGGGUGAGAAAGAUAAUGAGGGAUCGAGGGGUGAAGAAGACGCCCGCGUGGAGUUCAAUUACAGUGGAUGGAGUGGUUCAUGAGUUUGUAGCCGAGGAUGAAACCCGUCCUCAAACUCAAGAGACCGUCCAAAUGUGGGAGAAACUAGUUGAGAAAAUGAAGCUGAAGGGUUAUGUGCCUAACGCCUCAGUUGUUCUGCUAGACAUGGAAGAGGAUCAGAAGGAAAAGUUUCUCUAUCGUCAUAUCGAGAAAUUAGCGCUGGUUUUCAGGUUGAUCAACACAGAACCUGGAACACCAAUUCGAAUUAUGAAGAAUCUUCGUGUUUGUGAGGACUGUCAUGCUGCUUUCAAACUUAUAUCAGCAACUUUUAGAAGAGAGAUAGUUGUGCGUGACCGUAACCGGUUCCAUUGUUUCAAAGAUGGUUUUUGUUCCUGCAGGGAUUACUGGUAA